AUGGCGCCUACUAUCCCCUCCCCAACCCCCAUCAUUGGCAUCCAAAACCCAGGCGGCAAGCCCAGCCAGCGUCUUCCCGUCGACGUCUUCCAGAGAGAUCACCCCAUUGCCUUUGCUCUGUAUGUACAGGCUCUCGCUGCCUGGCAGGCCAACGGCAAUGAGAAGUUUGACCAGGACAAUGCCAAUGGCACGAGCUAUUUCCAAGUCGUCGGUGUACACGGCGUCCCCUAUGUCUCAUGGCAGCAGGACCCUACCGCCGAGACUGUAGCAAACAUCGGGUACUGCACCCACCGAAGUGUCCUGUUCAUCCCAUGGCACCGACCAUACCUGAUGCUCUACGAGCAAAUCAUCCACUCGUAUGCCGAGGAGAUCGCAAACAAGGCGACUGGAUAUGCUGCCGAGGCGUACAAGAAGGCCCUCCAAGAUGUUCGGCUACCGUACUGGGACUGGGCCAGCGAUCCUCACCUCCCCGCCGUCGUCAUGUCCCCAACCAUUACCCUCACCGUCCCCGGCGACUCUCCCAACUCCCAAAAGAAGCUCAAUCUCGACCACAACCCCCUGUACUCGUAUAAAUUCACAUCCAAGUUCGCCAUCAAUACAAUCCAGAACGAGAUGGGCUGGGAGAAGACUGACGCUUGGGCCGAGUCUAAGCGCUGUCCCGACGCCGAUGGUCAGAGCAACCAGGAGAUCGCCAACGUCCAAGUUGGAACCUUCCAUAUCUUCAAGAGUCAGACGUUCCAGUCUCUCACUGCUGUCAAGGACUUUGAUCAGUUCACUUGUCAGGCUUGGAGGCCCAAGGAAGUGCCACAUGCAUACAACUCCGUUGAGGGUAUGCACAACAACAUCCACAACUACACCGGUACCAACGACACGGUCUUGUAUGAUGAAAACACCAAGCGUCUUGGAAGCAUGACGGACGUCCAAGCCAGCUCUUUCGAUCCUGUCUUCUGGCUGCAUCACGUCAACUGUGAUCGCCUCACUGCUCUCUGGCAGGCCCUGAACCCCAACUGCAUCAUCAACGAGUGGCCAUCUUUGAACGACCGCUUCGUCGCCAAGGAGGGAACCAACGAAGGCGGGGCUUCCAACCUCGAGCCUUGGCAUAAAUCUUCUGCGCACACCAUGGAAGACUACUAUGUUGCCAAUGACACCAAAGAACUCUCGAGUACUUUCCUCGGUGGUUACUACUACCCUGAAACUCCUCUUGAGUACUUCCGGGAUCCGGAGCAGAUGAAGAAGUACACCACGAGGAAGAUUUAUGAGCUGUAUGCACCACCCAACCUGCGCCCUCCUCCUCUUCGUGAGGGUAAGGGAUUCAAGGGAAUCCAGCCUCCCGCGGAAGCCAACCCCGGAGAAACCACCCGUCAGUGGCAAGUCUUCCUGCGCGUCAAGAACUUUGCCCUCACAGGCACCUGGGCCAUUCACGUCUUCCUGGGCCAACUGCCCGAUGCGACCGAGGAUUGGUUCCUCUCCGAGAACCGUGUCGGAACCGUCACCAUGCUGUCCAACCGCUCGAAGCAGCACUGCGCUAAUUGCGUGAAGCAAGAUGCGAGCGGUAUUCUUGUCACAGGCACUGUGUCGCUGAAUGAGGCAUUGGAGAAACGAGGUAUCGAUGUUGAGGACAAGGACGCCGUGAUUGCAUACUUGAAGAAGGAGUUGUCGUGGAGAGCUGUCAAGGACACCGUUAACGUGCCACUGACCCAUGAUCUGUCGCUCACCGUGGGAGUCUCGGCUCAGGAUGUCUCGAUCCCUCAUUCACCUGGUCAGAUGCCCCAGUGGGGAGAAUCUCACGUCUACCCUGAGAUUACGGCGGGCAAGGAUUGCGGUUUGAGCGAAGGUAACCGGUCCAAGCUUCAUGUUUAA